AUGGGGCAGGAGACGGAGGUGGCGGAGAAGGAGGUGGUGCAUUCGGUAAGCGACCUCCCGGUGCAGGACCCGCCAGGAGAGGAGUUCUCCGCCGCCGACCUCACCUGGGUCAAGUACGCCAGCUCCGAGCACCACCGGGAGGACGUCGCUCUCAUCCCCUACGACCGGAUGGAGGCCUUCAUCGGCGGCGAGAGCAACAACCCCGAGUGCCCCACGCGAUUCCACAUCGAGCGCGGCCGCAAGCGUGAGAGGGGCAGCCUCAGGGAGUACCGGAGCGACGAGUACCUCCUCUACAGGAUGUAUUGGUGCUCGUUUGGCCCUGAGAAUUAUGGGGAGGGAGGGACAAUAUUGCCUAGCAGAAAGUACAGGCUCAACACGAGGAACCGUGCCGCUCGUCCGCAGUCCAUGCGUGGCUGCACCUGCCAUUUCACCAUCAAGAGGCUCUAUGCCCGUCCUUCCCUGUUGCUCAUCAUCUACCAUGAGAGGCUCCAUGUCAACAAGUCCGGCUUCAUAUGCCACGGCCCUCUCGACAGGGAUGCCAUCGGGCCUCGUGCUAGGAAAAUGCCCUACAUUGGGAGUGAAAUCCAGCAGCAGACCAUGUCAUUGAUCUACCUCGGUGUCCCAGAAGAGAACAUACUGCAGACACAUAUAGAAGGCAUACAGCGCUACUGUAGCGCGGAUGCCCAGGUUGAUAACCUUGCUUCGCAGUAUGUCCAGAAACUAGGGAUGAUCAUCAAGAGGUCGACGCAUGAGUUGGAUCUGGAUGACCAAGCUAGCAUCAGGAUGUGGGUCGACAGGAAUAAGAAAUCUGUAUUCUUCUACCAGGAUUCAACUGAGGCAGAUGCCUUCAUUCUGGGGAUUCAGACAGAAUGGCAAUUGCAGCAAAUGAUGCGCUUUGGUCAUCAGAGUCUUUUGGCUUCUCAUUCCUCAUUUGGUGUAAGCAAGCUAAAGUAUCCAUUGCACACGCUCCUUGUAUUUGACUCAAGGCAGCAUGCUCUUCCUAUUGCAUGGGUCAUAACCCGCUCAGUUACUAACAACGACACACUGAAAUGGAUGAGGGCACUUACUGAUCGAAUACAUUCUAUAGAUUCCACCUGGAGAAUUGGUGGUUUUAUCAUUGACGAUCCGGCUUCAGAGCUGGGUCCAAUCAGGGAGGUAUUCGCCUGCCCAGUUUUGUUCUCUAUGUGGCACAUCAGAAGAACCUGGCUUAAAAAUGUAAUCAAGAAAUGCAGCAAUGUUGAGGUGCAGCGGGAAAUUUUUAUCCAACUUGGCAAAAUCAUAUACAGUAUCUGGAGUGAGAAGAAUCCCAUGGAUGCCCUAGGGCAGUUGUUUCAUGACUUUGUUGAUCAAACAACGUUCAUAAAAUAUUUCAAAUCAUUUUGGGUUCCCAAAUUGGAGAUGUGGAUUGACUCCAUCAGAAAUCUGCCAUUAGCAAGUCAGGAAUCAUGCGGUGCCAUUGAAGGUUACCAUCUGAAGCUGAAGGUAAAAGCAUACGAUGAUGUGCAGCUGGAUGCUCUUCAACGAGUGGACUGGUUAGUGCAUAAGCUCACAACAGAGCUGCAUUCGAGCUACUGGAUCAACUUAUUUGCAGACGAAAGCGGAUCAUUUCCAGAGGUGAAAGCAGACUAUAUUGCAUCCACGUCAUGGCAAAGGGCAUUGCAGAUACCUGAUGAUGCUGUUACCUUUGAUGACAAAGAGCCUCUUUUAGCCAGAGUGGUCAGCCAGAAGGAUACCAGUCAGACGUGGACUGUAUGGAAUCCCGGUUCUGAAUUCUCUCUCUGUGACUGCUCAUGGUCAAUGCAUGGUAACCUAUGCAAGCAUGUGCUAAAGGUCAACAUGAUGUGCGGAGCACGCAUAGAUUUUCAGCCCUUGCUGUCUUUCCAGUCUUUUCAGCAUGUCCUGCUUGAUCUGUGGCAAAAACCAUUGGAUGAUUCGUUCUCGCUCGACCUCUCGGUAGCAUGGGUCAUGCAGAUGCAGGAGAAGAUCAAACAUGUAGCUGAGCUUGCCACCUCCGGUGGUAUUGCCCAAGUUGCAGGGAAAUUGCCGAUUCAAUGGACAAAAAAGAGAGGGAGAAGAGUAGCCACCAAGGGCACAAGCCCGUUACUUCUUCCUCAUUCUAACGGCAGUUUGCAGAAGGACUUGACCCCAAAGAAGAGGAAGAGGCUAUCUAGGUUUCCGGGGUAA